UCCCGGGUGACGUCACUACCAGCAACCAAUGGCACGCUUUUUCCGUUCCUGGCCUAACCUUAGUAUAUUAAAGAACCUUGGCUAACGACAUACUCUGGGAUUGCGCAGACGUGCCGGAUCCCGCUUCGCGAACUGCGUUCGAUUGAGUCGACUGAGAUGAAAGAUUUUUAACAUGAAAGACAUAUUUGCAGAUCAUCAGAUGAAAAUAAACACAGAUACAAGGCGAUAAAAUAUAGUAAAAAUUGUAUGGAAAUGUGAAGCCUUCUGCGAAGCGAAAAUAAAGCAAAAACUGACCUGUCUCACUCCGACAAUGACUUAUUUAUAAGUAAGGAAGUUACUCUAAAUUGGCGAAAGAUACAUCGACAGGACAUAAAGAUGGAUAUAUUUCUGAAGAAGAGACACUGUGAUAUUUUCCUUUGCGUCGGCUUAUUUUUGUGCUGUUGUUUUAAAUUAUCCAUUCCCGAAACAAGAAUUUACACAGCUGGUGAAUGGGAUGGUACUGCCGAAGAAAAUAUCUACUUUUCUACAAGUAGUCGAAGGGAUUACAAUGAUCCGAAGUAUCUUGUUCUGGCAUCUAAUAUAGUCCGUCCUGGUCAGGUGUAUCGGGUGUGUGUGUCUGUGCUGUCAAAUAGCGAUCCAUUCCACGUGCGUGCCUCUCUUCACAGGGAUGGAGAACAAGUUGUGGCAGCAUCCGAGAAAGUUGACCCACAGCGCGUGACAACAUUGCUUAUGCAGGUCCCUUUUAACGCUAUCCCUGGUGCAUACAGGUUAAAAGUCGAAGGUCAUGUGGAAGGUGAACUUGGAGGUUCGAGAUUCAGCAAUGAAACGGAAGUAGGAUUCUCCGAACGGUUUCUAACCAUUCUAAUUCAGACGAAUCAGUUGGUUUACAAUCUGGAGCAGAUGAUGUAUAUUCGUAUUGUAUUGCUGACUACCGAACUGAAACCGUUCACUGAACCCAUCGACAUAUAUCUCGUGGAUUCAAGAAGUUUCGUAAUGAAACGCUGGGUGUCUGUGUAUCCUUAUCUAGGAAUCGUAAACUUAGAAUUUGAACUGCCAUACGACUUUCCCGAAGGAUGGUGGACAAUCCGAGUCGUAGCUCUUGGGCAAACUGAAGAAAGUAAGGUUCUUCUUGAAAGAUGGUUCAGUCACAGAUUUGACGUAAAUGUUGGUACUCCUACUUUUAUUCUUAAUUCGGAGGAGUAUCUCGAAGGUCAGAUUUUGGCCAAUUACACCAGCGUAGCAACGGUAACUGGAAAUAUUACCCUUAAAACAUUCUUGAGACCCUUAGGCAAAUAUCAAGAUAUGGGACUAAACUGGAAUGAUCGCUAUCUGGAGGAAUAUGUCGACCUGUUCCAUGGAACAUACGAUUUUAGCAUUCCAAUGUCAGAGUUGAGAAACCUUGCAGUGCCUGUUCCUUUGGAGUACUGUGAAAUUGAAGUCCAAGCAAUUGUCGGAGAACGCUUCUAUGAUAUUCUUGUUUCUGCAUAUGCACGAGUUCGAGUGGUAAAUUCUAGUAUAUCUCUGCACUUCUUAGGAGUUAAUCCUCAAGUUUUUAAGCCAGGGAUGCCAUUCAAAACUCAUAUUGCUGUGUCAUAUCAUGACCUUGUGCCUCUACCUCCAGAAAAACUUACAAGUUCAAAAGUCGUCAUAUAUCCUUUAGUUAUAACAGGAGCAGGACGACGGGAAAUGCCUGAAAAAGAACUUCACUUUAAUGGAGAAGGUGUUAUUGAAAUACUUCUUGAUACCCCCCAAAAUGCAGAAAAGCUUAUUAUUCAGGCUUAUUAUGAAGAUGAUAAUGAUAGAGAGACCAACGCAAAAACUGAACUGACUGUUUUAGCUCAAUAUGGCCAUAAAGAUCGUCUCUUACAAAUUUCAACAAGUACUAAGAAAGCCCAGGCUGGAGAAUAUGCUGUAUUUCAUGUCAGGACAAAUUUCUAUUUAAAAUCAUUUGAUUAUUUGGUUGUGGCAAAAGGUAUAAUUGUUCAAUCUGGAACAGAGAAAGUUCUAGGUAUGAUACAUAGCAUUACAACAUUCUCUGUUCCUGUAUCACCUGAAAUGGCUCCAGUUUUUCACGUUGUUGUUUAUCAUAUCACUGCUGAUGGAGAAGUUUUAACUGAUAGUGUCAUUUUGCCUGUAGAUGCUAUAAAUAAACAUAAGUUUGUUUUAGAUGUAAAUAUGAAACAAGAACGAUCUGGUAAUAAUAUAGAACUUGUGCCUCGGCUCACAUCCGAAACAAUGGUUGGUCUUUGGGGUUUUGAUAGUGAUCAUGUAUCAACUCAUGGACGACAGCAAUUGACCGUAACAUCAAUCACAGAAGCAAUGUAUGCUUUUGAGAAAGAUUAUUUAAAAUUUCAUCGCACUGUCUGGCGAGAUAGAGAUGGAGCUCCUGAUAAAAUAAAUUAUUAUACGACCCACAAUAUUGCCAGAGACACAAAAACCUCUUUUGAAUUUUCCAAUUUGAUGGUAUUUAGUAAUUUGGUCAUUAGUUCAAUGCCUACAUUUUGUAAUUCAUCUUUUGAUUUGAGUUCAUGUCUGUCUGGGCAAUGCUAUCCUACACAUAAGAAGUGUGAUGGGAUCAGAGACUGUGAUGAUGGUACCGAUGAAGGAAGUUGUUUUCAAAAUCAGUUGAGCGAAGAUAAAGAUCUUUUUGAGUUUUACUUGUAUCGAAGAAAUAGACAAGGUGCAUUUUAUGAUGCUACAGCUGGUAAUUUUGCAUGGAAGAAUAAAAUUAUUGGGGAAGAUCAAGAAGAGUAUGUUCCUACUGUUGCUCCGAAAGGUCCAUCGGCAUAUUUUAUUAAUGCUGUAGCUAUGAACAGAGUCUAUGGACUUCAUAUAUUACCUGAACCUAUAAUAUUUGAUUCAACCAAGCCUUUCUUUAUUAAUGUGGAAGGUCCAGAAGAAGCAUCAAUUGGGGAGCAAAUAGGACUUCGAGUUUCAGUUAUCAACUAUCAGUUUAUUGAAAUAAAGGCAGAAAUCAUUCUUGCUGGUUCUGAUGAUUACCGUUUUGUUCAAGUUGAACCUCUUGGUAUUGUUUCUUCCUACAACCCUAGAACAGCCAGUGGAGAAUGGCAGCAUCUUAUUUAUGUAAAACCUGUUAGCCAUGUGUUUGUUCACAUUCCUAUUGUUGCUACAAAAAUUGGAGAAAUUGAAGUGACUAUUAUUGGAAGAACACAAGUUGCAAAAGAUGUUGCAACAAUGACUAUAAAUGUUUCUCCUGAUGGAGUUCCUGUGCAUCGACAUACAUCUCUGCUGCUAGAUAUGCGAAAUGAAGCCUAUAUGAUACGCUAUUUGGAUGUUAAUGUGACAGAAGAUCCUAUAAUACCAUUUGUAGAAACAUAUAGACAUUACAUCUUUGGUUCUCCUAAAGCAAGUGUAUCACUGAUUGGUGAUGUUGUUGGAGCUCCUUAUCCAACUGAUCCAGCAUCUCCUAUUGGGUUAAGAGCUUUGAGAGUAGCAGAGCCGGUGAAAUCGGGAGAACAUAUCAUGUUUGAUUUUGCGUAUACGUUGUAUACUCUUACUUACCUUAGGCUUACUAAUCAGCUGCGCUCGGAUACAAUGCGAGGAAUGCUAGAAUAUCUUAAUAAGGCUUAUGUUUACCAGUCUGUGUUUUAUAAGAAUGGAGCCUUUACAAUGUUUAAAGGUGAACAACCAAGUUUAUGGUUAACUGCUUAUUGUGCAAGGGUUUUUCGCAUGGCUCAGUACCCAGAUUGGGAAAAUUAUCUUUUUAUUGAUCCAGAUAUGUUAGUAAGAACAAUGGAAUUCAUUCUGAAACAUCAAACUCAGGAAGGAUCAUUUUACGAAAUAAGUGAACAACCGUGGAAUCGGAAAGUGAACGUUUUGGGUAAGAAAGACCGCUACAACAAUUAUCAGAAUAUUACUUUAACUGCUCAUGUGUUGAUUACUCUUAAUACCGUAGCUGAUUUGCCUGGUAACAUACGAGUAGAAAUUUCGAAUGCAAAAAAUUUAGCUGUCAGAUAUCUGGAAAGAAAGCUGCGUCACCUUGAAGAUCCUUAUCAGGUUGCUAUAGUAACAUUUGCUCUUUUGGAAGCUGGCAGUGUUGAAGCUGAAGUUGGCUUUAAUAAAUUAGACAGUCUGAAAAGGGAAAGAGAGGGAUUAGUCUACUGGAGCCCUGAACCUAUUAUCUCAUCAGAAAUUCUCUAUCAAAGUCAGCGACCUUUUAUUCUGCCUCGCCUUCCAAAUAAGUAUGACUCUCUUGCUGUUGAAGCAACUGCUUAUGCGCUUUUGAUAUAUGUGCGGUAUAAUGGUGUUAUCCAGGACCAAAUAGUUAAAUGGUUGAAUACCAUGCGUACAACGGAUGAGGCAUUUAUAUCGUCACAGGAUACAAUUGUGGCAAUGCAAGCUCUAAUUGAAUAUUCUUUUCGAACUCAUGUGAGAGAUAUUACAAGCAUGAAAGUUUCUGUGGAGUCCAGUUCUAAUGCUGGCUUUAUUCACUCAAUGAUUAUUGAAACUAAUAAUCUGGCAGAACAAAGAAAAGUACCAAUAGCACCAAAUGUCUGGGGCCAUGCUGAAGUUUUAGCUCAAGGGGCUGGUUUAUCUGUCCUUCAAAUGGAUGUUCAAUAUAAUGUGGAUAAAGAGUUUCUUCUCAUUCAGCCGCCUGUACCAGCAUUUGAUUUAAAUGUGAAGAGUUAUUACCACGGAAGAAAUAAAUCUCAUAUGAAUAUUAAAAGCUGUGCGAAAUGGACAUAUACAGAAGAAAGCGAAACAAGUGGUGUAGCUGUUGUAGAAAUAUCCCUCCCUACUGGUUAUUUUAUUCAUAAGCCUGAGAUGGAUAAAUAUGUAUAUAGCAGAGCAGUCCCUCGUCUUCAGAGAGGGCGUGUAUAUCCCAAAUCUGCCGUUUUUAUGUUUGAUUAUCUAGACACAUCUUGGUCGUGUGUCAAUUUCACAAUACAGAGAUGGUAUCCGGUAGCAAAUAUGACUAGGUACCUAAAAGCAAGAGUAUAUGAUUACUAUAUACCAGAGCGAUAUAAAGAAGUAAUUUAUGAAGACUUUGAGUUGUAUGUUUUGAAUAUCUGUGAAGUUUGUGGUUCUUAUCAGUGCCCAUACUGCCCAUAUUUCAGCUACGCUGCCAGGCUUGAUAUUCAGUGGAUGCUCCUGGUGGCUAUGGUAAUGAUAGGAAAAUUUUUGAGGACGAGAAUUCAGUUAUAAAAAUAAAAUGCCAAAUACUCAUGAUUAAAUCAACUUAUUCAUGAACUAUUCAUUUUCAUUGAAAGGUACGAUGAAAUUGCGGUAAUAAACUGCCUAUUUGUGCCAGUAAAGAGAUCUUUCAGGGAGGAAUUUUUUUUAAUAGAUGUGUUCUUUCUCUCGUUUUUAUUUUUCAUUUUUUUCUGUAAAAAAGGAAUCAUGUUUUUAAUCUCACAAAAAAUUUUUAUGUGAUGAAGGCAGCAUAUUUUUGUUUAAUAUAUCUGAGUUACAUUUAUGUGUGUUAACUAUUUAUUUCAUUACAUGCAGUUUUUUAAUGUUCCUAUGUAAAAGAGUAUACGAAAAUAUGUAAAAAAAAAACAUGUUUCUCCUUUUAAAACUGAUAUUACACAUUGAAAAAUGUCACCUGAAAUCUAUGAAAACUGGAAAUACCUAAGAGUACUCCUUCUAAAAUAACAUGAAUGAGAUUCAUGAAUAAUUUCGUGAAUGAGAGUCUAAAUGUGACACAAUAAAUGAAAAACUGUAAACUAACUUAUUUUAAUAUGCAAUGAUAUUUAUGUCAAUGUGUAAUAUUAUUCAGAUAUGUUGAUUUCAUUUCACAUAUUUUACAAGCUCUGUGAGCUUUAAGUUAGCAAAUUUCAUUCAAAAGUUAAUUUUAAAAAAUGUUUCUAUCAGGAUCUUUAUUUAUAUAAAUAAAUUAAGUUAUUUUAUGCCGUUAUAUUGGGUUGAUAAUUGAUUUUCACGCAUCACUGUAAACGUGCUUCAGUAUAUAUAUAUAAAUUAAUUCACAUACCGGGCGAAUAACUGCACUUAGAAUUUAAAAUAUCAUUUUUAAAUAAAAUAGCUUGUUUAUACCACCAGAUGUGAAAAUGUAUUUAUUUGUUAGUCUGUUUGCAAUAUUAUUUGCAUUUUAUCUAAAUCAGUUGUCUUAAAUAAUUUGAAACAAUGCUAAUGUAGGAAAAAUAGAGAAAUGUUAAAAAUAUAAUAUUUAGCUAAUUCUUAACAAGCACUUAUAAUAUUUUUGAACAUAACAGUACUGGAUACUUGAAAAUAAAGUUAAAUUUUACUUAUCUUUUAUUCACUCAUCCGUUUGAGGCGAAAUUCCUCCCAGGACGGAAAUGUUCUUUGCAGUUGCAAAACGCUGCUGUCUGGAUGGCCGGUGUUCCUCAGAUGUAGGCUUGAACUUCCUUUUGUUGUCACGCUCCUCGAUCCGUCUUGACUUCCAAGGGCAAUUAUUCUCCUGACGGGUGUCUUUUCUUCCCCUGCGGACACAUCAUGGAGACGGACACGUUAUCAAUGGACUGGGGUGGGAUACCGUACGUUUUGCUGCCUGUUCGCCUUCGUGGAGAACCCUCUGAUGUGUGAUGGCCAGCGGCCAGGGGUUCCACCAGCUGACUUGGCCGCUGUCGUUGCUUCGUAGCGUGCUGAGGCUUUCCUUCCGCGAAACGCUGAUGGCAACCCUGUUGUUUGCUGACCGGCGUUGAAGACUGUUCCAGUCUUUUUUUCUUUUCACUAGCUCCUUCUCCUGGCCUUGUUCCUUUUUUCUUUCCUUUCCCGCAUUGGCUUUAUGCCUCAUAAGCUGCUUAGCCAGAGUCCCGUUGGCUUUCCUCUUAGAAACCACGUCUAGAAGCUGUAUUUGGCCUGCCGCUGCCUGUACUUGGCUUCGAGAUCUACUACCAUCGGCUUCAGUGGAACUCUGCAAUAAAUCUUUAAGAAGAGUCAUUUCAGAACGAUCGUAAUAUUUUUUUAUCUGUUCGCCGUUGGCUUUUGAUUCUUCACCAUUGGCAUUUUUAAGAAUCAAUGUUGUUUCUCUAAUACUUUGAAUACUAAACGCCCCUCAAAUUUUGGGCAAAAUUUUGCUAAUUUUGCAUCGGGAGCACAGGAUAUAUUAUGUUUCAGUUUUAAUACCAUUUCCCUUGCUUUAAAAUUUCUUUCCCGCCGUCUUUUGUCAUAAUAGUUUUUGUUUACUUCUUGCUAUGUCAGAAGAUUUAAUGGCCCCAUCGACUAAGUUCUUUAUAUCCGACAUUUGAAACUCCGGAACAUGUUUUUGCACAAAAAAUAGUCAAUCGAGGGUUGCCAUUAUUUUCCUUCCUAGAAAUAAAUCCGCAGGCGUUUUACCAGUCAUUUCGUGUAUCAUUGUACGUAAUGCAAACUCGAGCUGAUCAACCGAACCUCCAAUUUUUAUAAAACUGUAAAGUGUUCUGCAGUAUUUAAAUAAAGAACAGAUCAGCUUCUUAGUAAAACAUAAAUUUUAUUCUAAGUUCACGGAGACAGAUAAUUUAAAGUAUAAUUUUAUCCAUUAUAGUAUCACACUCUAGGUUAAUUUUACUAUUUCUUUCUUGAAAAUUUUUCAUACACCUACUUUUAAUUCUUCUCUUUUCUGAACCAUUUCCGUUUUUUUCUUUAAGGUAAUUAGACGCUUUAGUUUGAAAUCUGGAAGCUCUUCCCAAGGUACGAAAUUUGAAGCGGGUAUCGCCGCAU